CAAAGGACGAUCCCCCCCCGCACGAGCCCUGCAUUUGCUUAUUAAUUGCAAAGGGGGCAGGGGGCGAGGCGGCCGGGACAGACAGACGGACGGUGUUGAAGCCGAGAUGCAACUGACCAGGGCUCCUCUCUGCCUCCUGCUGCUCAGCCAGCUCUUCCCUGGCAAGGUUUCAGCCCGCCAAGGCUGCAAGAGCGGACGCUUCACCUCCCUUGGCGACUGCUGUGCCCUCUGCCCCCAGGGCUACGGGGUGGCUGUCCCGUGCGGCAGCUCCAACACGGAGUGCGAGCCCUGCAGAGAGAAUGGGACGUUCUCCUCCACCAGCAGUGCCACGGAGCCGUGCCAGCCAUGCUCACGGUGCCCGGUGGCAGAGGCGUGCACCCCCACCCACGACACUGUGUGCGCCCCCCAGUGUGCCCCCAGCCACUACCUGCACGUGGAGAAUGGGAGCAGCAGCCAAUGCCUGCCUUGCCAGGUGUGUGGGCAAGGCUACGGGGCAGCGAUGCCGUGUGGGCCUAUGGACAACACCGUCUGCCAAAGGUGCCCGGAGGGCUUUUACUCGGAGGAGAAGAGCGACUCGGCGCCGUGCCUGCCCUGCCGGCUGGAGUGCCACGAGGAUGAGGUGAUGAUCCGAGCUUGCAGCCCCGUGUCGGACACGCUGUGCAUGGACAGAGAGCUGCAGAUCCUGAAGCGCACGGAGGGGGACCCCCGCAAGGAGCACCCCAAGAAGCCCCCACUGUCUGAGUCAGAGGGCAGCGCAUCCCCCAGCAACUCCUCUGAGUUCCUCCCCCCGCUGCCAGACAACAGCAAGAACAUCAUCCCCGUCUACUGCUCUAUCCUGGCUGCGGUGGUGGUGGGGCUCCUGGCCUAUGUGGCUUUCAAAUGCUGGAACACCUGCAAGCAGAAGAAGCAGCUGGCCAAAGCCAGGGCUGGGGAGCUGGGGGCCUCCCCCGAGGGCGAGAAGCUGCACAGUGACAGCGGUGUCUUCCUCGACACGCACAGCCUGCAGGAGCACCACCCGCUCAACAAGGAUCCUGAGUCUGGGGCCACCAUCUCUCCAGGUGAGGAUGACAAACAAUCACACUUGGCAGCGGCGGCUGUACGAGCUCCUGCCACCCCACAAGCAGGAGGAGGUGAGCAGCUGCUGGGAUCUCCAGCCACGGCAAGGACUGCGCUGCCAUGCCAGCAGCUGGGCUAUGAGAGAGAAGCCAUCAAACCUUCGGCCGGGGCGAAGCCCCCGCCCACACUCUCCUUCUCCGACUGGCUUGCAAAUGAGGGGCCACGCUGGAGGCCCUGUGCGCAGCCCUGGCUGGAUCGAGCGGGCAGCGUGGCUGGCAGAACUUCAACUGGCCACGAGGCCAGCUCGGUGGUGUAA